AUGAGAACAACAGCAUGCAAAAACAUAUCUCAGCACAACACCACCACCGAUAGAGCAAAACCCACCAUCAAUCCUUCGCCCAACACCACGAACAAUGCUUCUCAAUCCUCUUUUUCAUCUGCCCCAGCGCUUAGAAACUCGUGGCCAAUAGGGGCUGCUGCACUUCAUGACAAUUCUAUUUCUGCUGAUCGCCCAAUAUGGAGCCUCAGUCCUCUAUCAGCAGCUUUGCCAGAAUCUCCACCACCCAUUUGCAGCGAUUGUUCUAGUCCCCCGCGUAGUUCUGCCACAAUUUUCUACUCUUUGGCUCCUACUGUGCUUUCCACUUCAAGAUUCCAGAGUACAAGGCCCAACUUUAGUAAACCACCCGUAGCAAGCAAUAUCGAAAUAGAGGAAUGGGUUCAAAGCGGCAAGAACUUGAAUGGCUUCCAUCAUCACAUAGACAAUGGAAUCGCAACUCAAAAUUGCCACUCAAGACACCACUUAAGGCCAUCUGCGGUUGCAGCCAUUGAUCCAGAAGUUCAUAUCAGGACAUUAUCUUCUUUUCUUAAUGAAGACAAUGAAAAAAGGCAUCAUGAUUCAGACCCAGAAUGCAACCACAAGAUAUACAGCUCAGACGCUGACAGCGUGGAUUGUGGAAACCACAAACUAAUGACUCGACCGAAACCUUACAGGGAUUUCCUAGAUGAAAUCAAGGCACAGGAACUCGAAGCUCAGAUGGGUGCAUGGAAGAAGGCUAAACAUAGGGAACUGAUGAGCAACUUGACAAGAAAAGAAGCUGUUAUACGUGAUUGGGAGUAUAAACAGACACAAAAGGCAUUGAAGGACAUAAGGAAAAUGGAGGUAUAUGCAAUGUCCCUAUACUAA